GCUGUCGAGACUCCGUUCCAAAUGGUUGAGUGGCCGACGAAUCGACGACAGGGGCUUGAACCACUGUAACCAUAUCUCAAGGACUCUCCCAUCCAUCCAUCCAUCCAUCCUUCCAUCCACCCAGAACGGAUUGCCCCGCCUGCUCUGUCCAGUUGUGGGUCGUCCGUUGUUAUCAGUUGUAGUAGUUUUCCCAAGCACACAGAGCCAUCCCCAAGCUGAAGACGGGAAGGAACCGUGUGGACCGCGUCUGUUGUCCAUCCAUCCAUUGAUUGGGCUCUCACUUCAACAGCAUCGAACUCCCUUUCUCGAUUGGCCAGCCAUAUUCCCCGGUUGAUCGGGUCAACCCGUGAGCUCGGAGUCGAUUCUGUGGCGCGUGACUCUUGGCCUUGGGUGACGGGACCCCCGUCAUCAUUGCACAUCGUUAUGAGCUCUUCGUCGAAGUCUGGUUCUUGUUUACCCCGGGCGGCCCUCGCACAAGCCCCGACGGAUGUUCAAGGCGAUGGCCGAUGGCUAUCCAUGCACCAUCGCUUUGUGUCGGAGGCCCGUGAAAGCGAGCCCGAGAUCCUGUGGAUCGGAGAUUCUAUUAUUCAGCGAUUGAUCAAUUCCAACAUCUGGGAGCGGAGUUUUUGUCAAAUGCACAGCCUUAAUUUUGGCGUGAGCGGGGAUCGAACGGAAAACUUGCUCUGGCGGAUUGAGAACGGCGAACUCGAGGGUCUCGCCCCCAAAGUCAUUGUACUGCUCGUGGGCACCAACAAUUACGAUGAUUCGGCCGAAGACAUCGCCACGGCCAUUCAAACCAUCUGCUCCACUAUCCGAGAUAAACAGCCCCAGGCGUACUUAGUGGUCUUGAGCCUCUUGCCCCGUGGACACGAACCCAACCCGUUGCGAGAUCGGAAUACCAAGAUCAAUGAACUCAUCGGAGAUUAUCUCAAAGGCAACAGUCGAGCGCAGCUGAUCAACAUAGAUCCCGGGUUCGUUCAAGCCGAUGGCACCAUAUCCCAUCAUGAUAUGUUGGACUUUCUACACCUCACGCAGAAAGGUUACGAUCGUGCUUUUGAGCCCGUCAAUGAACUUCUCCAACAGCUCAUGGCCGAAUCGGAAAGUGAUAUCGUCAGGACUGAAGCCGAAGGCGCUGCCUAGACCCACCCCACAAUCGAUCGUGAUCGGUGGGUCAUGUCUCAUGUUGACAAAGCUAGUGUGCUUGGAAGAGAUGCUUGAAUGGAUGAAAGUGAAUUGAUGAACUUGACAUUUUUUGAAAGUGAGAUGAAUCAACUAUGGUUCUGAUUCGGCGAUGUGUAAACACCAAAGAAACACGUAGAUCGUCUGGUCCCAACCAGUCCUGAACAAAAGCAAUUAUAAUGUGUAUCUACGUAGCCCUGGCACUCUGAACUAUUAUUAUCACUUGUAAGGCUCUGUUUUGAUUUUGUGCGUGAAGUAAAAUUGUGAUCAAUUCUU